AUAUCCAUAUGGAGGAGGAGGCUUCUCCCUCAACUUCCUGAGACAAACAGAGGCAGAAGGAAAGAGAGAGAGAGAGAGAGCAAGGGAAAGAGCGAAAGAAGUAUAGAGAAAGAAAAAUGACAGAGAAAAACAUUAUUGUCAGCUAAUGCAAAGCUAGUAGAAGAGUCAGAUACACUAGAAAAGCUGGCAUUGCUCCUCCCUGUCCUCGAGAGUCUGGAUUUUUUUUUCUGUGCUUUUCUAAGUUUUGUUUUGGGCAUGCAUGAGAGAGAUCCUGAGUGGGCAGGACUGGGCUUGGUUUCACACCCCAGUGAUGAGACCAGAAGAUGAACUAAAGUCACUUUUCUGCUUUUGUUUUUUUGGCUCUUCUUUCUCUCAUCUCUCUUCCUCUCUCACCAUCUGGAGCAGUGAAAUGUAAAACACUUCCGUCUGCCGUCUGGGGGAGUUAGCCGUGGCCCCUUCCCCUUUAUUUCUCUGCGACAGCACAUUUUUGGGGGGCGGGCAUCAAGACGGGACAGUGAGGCAGGUUUUUUGAAGCCCAAGCAUGUCCAGUUGGACUACUGGAUUCUUGUUGGACUGCUGCACUGGCUGCAUUGACUCUCUGCACUGACUUUUGAUUGCUGGAGGAGUUUGCAGCUAAAAGACAACAGCUUAACCUCUAAAAAGGGGUGCAGAGGCUGCCCCUGCCUGGUUCCCUUAUAAGGCUAAAGUUAAAGUGGAAAAUCAUUUGAAUUUUGGUGGUCGAGGUUCUGCUCCGCCGCCCUCUCAGAUCUCAAACCAGAAACUGCACAAACUUCUUUUUUUGUAGUCUGCUCUUGGUUCCUCUUCUUGGACGAGUUUUGCAGAGUUUUCGUUCUGGUCUCUUGCACAGAACGGGGACGAUACCUAGGCUGCACUAUUUUUGAGACUAUUUUUGAGACUUUGCAGGGUCAGCUUUGCUCAGGACGGACCCUCAAAAAGCCUGGAAGAGGCUAAAAGGAUCUUGGAUAGAGUACUGGAUGAAGACCAGGUCUUUCCCAGGACAUCAUCCAUCGCCUGAACGAAUCAAGUCAAAGGUUCGAUGGGUACCCAAUGAAUGACAAAGUGAGGCAGGAGCAGAGGUACCCUCGCUGUGGCAUGAGCUGGUGGGAUGGCGAGCUUGAGUUUGCUGUAUUUGGAUGCUAAAUGCUGUUGGGAUUGGAAUUAAUUGAUUGGAUAUGAAUGCUGAAGCUGCUGCUGCUUUUGUAUCUGGAAUAUCUGGAAUACUCUGAGGAUGGAGGAUAUGUGAUUUGUGGAUUGUGGAGGCCUAACAUCUCAGGUGGGGUCAGGGUCCACCACCUGUUCUUUGUUUUUCUUCGUUUUUGAACAUUGGAAUUGCCAUUUUUUUUAACAUUCUACUCAACUAAAGCACAUUCUGAGUCACUAUACCUGAUUGUGCCAUCUCUACCAACUGGUGGAGGACUAUUAGGUUACAAAUAAAUGUCCACUAGAGAGCUGUGUCUGGCAAUUCUCUUCCGUAAAUCUCUCCACACAUAUGGAUUGUUUUUGCCGAACUUUUUAAAGCUGGACACACAGACUCCAUCCUCUCUAGUGGUGGCCGUGUCUGCUCAUCGUGAUGACGACGAUAGCGUGGUAUCACCGGGACAUCAGCCGGGUGCUGGCCGAGGAGCUGCUGGCUCGGGCCGGGCGGGACGGCAGCUUCCUGGUGCGUGACAGCGAGUCGGUGCCUGGCGCCUAUGCUCUGUGUGUGCUGUUCCAUCGCCAUGUCCACACUUACCGCAUCCUUCCUGAUGCAGACGGACUGCUGGCUGUUCAGACCACGCAGGGAGUGCAGGUGAACUGUUUCCGGACGCUGGCUGAUUUAGUACUGCGGUACCAGCAACCCCAUAAAGGCCUAGUGACUCCACUGCUGUAUCCAGUAGGACCAGAGACAGAAACAGCUGAAGAGAGUUCUGAUGGAGAUGAUGAGAAGCCGGCUCAGGGGUCAGUGCGGAGCCCUGCGUCCGUCUCUCCUCCUGCUGCUCCUGCGCCUCCUGCAGGCCAGCCGGCUCCUUCAGCCCAAACCACAGCUCAGCAGAUUCUGCUGCAGAGACUGCAGGACAUCACCACACCCAGUGUUGCGUCUGAAAUGGUGGCGAUGCUGAGUGAGUACCUGCAUGGUGAUGUUACUUUGGAUCUGGAGAGUUUGAGGAAAGGAGGAUCAGGCCUGCACUUCCUCCAGUGCGUCCUCUCCACCACCUGCCACAAACUGCACAGUGAGAUCGAUCAAACCAUGUCCAGUUUGGAGACUCUGGCUAAAGUGUUUGACCAUCCCAGUUACCCCCUGACCUGCCCUAAAAUCCAGAAUAUGGGAAGGAAUCACGAGGAAAACCUGGAGACUCUUCUCCAUAAGAUAACGGCCCUCUGUAACCUCCUGUCCUCUCUGGAAAAGAGGGUUCUUAAAGCCCUGCAGGAGGCCGUGACCAAUCACAAUCUAUCUGUGCAGCCGGCCCCCGCACCUGAACCAGCCUCACCUGUAAAACACCAAACCUACACUAAACCCACACCUGUACACAGCUUUCAGGUGAAGGUGGUGAGGUACGGCAGGCAGAUGGUCUCUGUGGACGUGGAGAACGGGGUGCUGCUCUUUGAUAAGACAGUCGGUUCAUUUGGUGUAGAGACUCUCACACAUGACAGGAUUCUGCAGCUGGUGAAGUUUCAGAGCAGCCCGGCGAAGCUGAGGAUGGUAGUGGAUAAUCACCACAACCCCCCCAGAGAGUUGCUGUUCGAGAGCUUAAAGAAAAGAGAGGCUUUCUGUCAGCUGCUGCAGCUGAUGAAGACUACCCACUCCCAGCAGAGCGAGCCUGACAUCAUUUCUGUGUUUGUGGGCACCUGGAACAUGGGCAGCUCACCUCCACCCCGUGCCCUGCAGUCGUGGAUGACGUGCUGUGGUCUGGGAUUGACCCCUGAUGAGUCCAUUUCCUCACUUCCUCACGACAUCUACACAUUCGGAACUCAAGAUAAUCCACAAGGCGAGCGAGAGUGGGUGGAGCAUAUCCGAGCCACGCUCAGGAGUGUGUCUCAGGUGGACUUUAAACAGGUGGCGCUGCAGUCUCUCUGGAACAUCAGGCUUGCUGUGUUUGCCAGACCCGAGCACGAGGGACGCAUCAGCCAGGUCAACACAGCCAGUGUGAAAACAGGCCUGGGGAACACACUCGGAAACAAAGGGGCAGUGGGCAUCUCCUUCCUGUUUAAUGGGACGUCUAUGGGCUUUGUGAACUGUCACCUGACGUCCGGCAGUGAGAAAGCGCUCCGGAGGAACCAGAACUUCCAAGAUAUCCUCAGACUGCUGUCGCUGGGAGACCGGCAGCUUGGCGCCGUCGACAUCAGCCUUCGCUUCACACAUCUCUUCUGGUGUGGAGACCUCAAUUACCGGCUGGACCUUGACGUUCAGGAUAUUCUGAAGCAUGUGUCGAAGCGGGAGUUUGACGAGCUGAUGUGUGCAGAUCAGUUAACCAGAGAGCGACAUAAACGAAAAGCCUUCUUCAGCUUCAAGGAAGAGAAGAUCACAUUUCCACCCACCUACCGGUACGAGCGCGGCUCCAGAGACUGCUACCUGUGGCAGAAAUACAAGACCAGUGGGGUGCGAGUGAAUGGGCCGUCAUGGUGUGAUCGUGUUCUGUGGAAAUCAUACCCAGACACUUACAUCACGUGUACUUCAUAUGGUUGCACUGAUGACAUCUCGACCAGUGACCAUUCUCCUGUUUUCGCAACGUUUCACGUUGGUGUGACUGCACAGUUUCCCAGGCAAGAUUCAUGUUCAGACCGGGCCUGGAUUGAACUGGAGAGUGUGGAGGCCAUAGUGAAGACUUCCAGCAAAGCCAAGUUCUUCAUCGAGUUCCACUCUCGCUGUCUAGGAGAGCCGCGUCGCUCCACGGAGAAUGACUCGCAGAGCUGUGAGGUGCCCGGCUUCCUCAAACUGGGCUGGUCUUCAAAACAGCUUCCCAAGCUUCACCCCCUUGUUUCAGACAUGGAGUAUCUUCGAGACCAGCACUUGCUGCUUUCUGUGAAGUCAUGUGACGGGUUUGAGUCAUAUGGUGUGUACCAGCUCUGUUGGACGUGUACUCAUGACUGUGACGGGUUUGUUUGUGGUUAUGGGAGAUUUUGUGCCGCUGGCUUGUUUUCAGGUGAAUGCUGUGUGGCUCUGCAGACGGUAAUAAGCAGCUCUCUGGAGUCGUUUGAGACGUGUCUGACCCACAGGGGUGAAGAGAUGGGUUCCAUCAGAGGCCAGGUUAAGGUCUAUGUGCCACCGACCCGGCGCCGGACCCGGGAGAGAGUCUAUGAGUGGAUCUGCGUUGAGAAGGAUGAUAAAGGAUCAGCUAGGAGCCCAUGGUCAUCGUCGCCUAUUCGUGCCCCCCUCAGUGCCCUCAACAGUGCCCCUGUCAGUGCCCCCAUUAGUGCCCCCAUCAGUCAUUCUGCUUUCAAUCUCUCUUGCAGAGGUCCUUCAGUCCCCCGCAGUGUGGCUCCUAACAGCUACACUAACCCCGCCUACUUCAUCUUUGAGGGCGUUCCCAUGUUGCGAAAAGUAGAGGACGACCCCUCGCCCAAAGAGUCCUGCGCCUGGAUCAGGGACUCAGCGAUUCAACUUCCUAAAGUCACAGGAGGUCACAGCCAUGACCGGAGAGCUGCUCGGAGGUCUGACUUCACCGAAAUCGAGAUUCCUGGCUCUCUGCCACCUUACGCACCACCUUCAGACCUGUCCACCCAACCGACCCCUCAACCUGCUUCAUCCUACCAACUUUUCCCCGGACCGUCCCCAUCCAACCCUUCCCAAAACCAAAAGAACAGCAUGUCCAAUCCUUCCAUCCACUCACAAAUCCAAAGGUCUAGCAUAACUCAAGAGUCAGGACUCAACAUAUUACCUGCCAAAAAGUUAGGACAGAACGCGUACAUGAACCAUUCAGUCUUUGCGCGUGAUGUUCAAAGGCCACCCAAAGAGAUGGUGAAGAAAGACUUUUCCAGGUUGCACCAGGAGCGGCCGGUGCCGGCACGCAACGGACCAAAACUCUACCCGUACAUGUCCAGCAGGGUCCCUCGAUCUGAGGCAUCUGUGCCCUGGGUUGUAGAACACCCACCUGCAGCAUCAACUGGUGAUAACUCACUCACUGCUCUACAGAUUGCCAAAUCAUUAAGUGAGGUGGACUUUCUGCCAACGGAGAAGAAGUAUCCAUCAAGCUACAGGUCCAUCCAGCCGAGGCAUUAUGGUUAUGAUUAUGCCUUAGCAUCCGAGGCCAGUUACUGCUGGGAGAAAGAGGUGUCGGUUCUGCGUGGAGCUCCAGAGACAGUACGGGAGCUGCUCAGUACUCUGGGGCUGCAGCGCUACACUCAGGGUCUUAGUCUUAAUGGCUGGGAUGACCUUGAUUACUUCAGUGGGAUUACUGAGGAGGACCUGCGCGCUUCUGGAGUGACAAACCCAUCUCACCGUCGAAGAAUUCUGGAGAAUUUACCCAAGAUCUGGGACUAAAAACACAGAGACACUGAUGGACACAGUUGUCAGUUAUGAUAUUGCACCAGCUAAAAGAUUCUGCAUAAUCAGCACUACCACAGAGCAGCUGUUAUUAUUUGGGUGGUGGGUCAUAAUUCUCAACACUGCAGUGAGUAAUCGUGGCAUGGUGGUGGUGAAUGAGGUGUUAGUGUGUGUUGUGCUGGUACAAGUGGAUCAGACACAGCAGUGCUGCUGGAGUUUUUAAACAUCUCAAUGUCACUGUGUUCACUUACAGUCCACUUUUUUACACACUGUGAUGUGCUGUGGCUGGAUAUGUCUGGUUGGUGGACUAUUUUCAGUCCAGGGGUCCUAUUUUAACGAUCUGUAGGGGAGCCACCAACCACACACCAGGCAGCUUGAUUUAGGGCGUGUCAGUGUGUCUUUGCUAUCGUAACCACGGGAAAAGUACACCUUGUGCAUCUCAAAACGCACAAAAGGCAUGUACUAAUUCCCUUAAUUAAUCAUGGGUGUGUUUUGGGUAUAAUGUGAAAUAAACCAAUCAGUGUGUCACUAGCCAUUCCCUUCAAGAGUCAGGUGCACUCUGAUUUUGGUGGAUUGCUGUUUUAAUGGUGCGGCUACCUGCACGUGUCCAGCACUUCUCAGUAAAGGAAAUUGAAUUGCUCAUUGUAUUCUGUGUAUUGUUGAUUGUAAAUGUUGGGUUUGUGCACUGCUGUGUGUCCUUGAGUGUGUAACGUUCGUGUAAGUUUGUGUGUAUGCGUGGUGUGCCUGCGUUGCCAGGAUAGCAAUUAACAUUGCUAACAUUAGACUGUUGACGUCUGCCUAGGUUGUAUUCAGUCACUGGCGCACCUGUGUUUUCUGUUGCCAAGAUAGCAAUAUGCAAGUAAUUUGAUUUUAGUGCCGUUGCUAUUUAAACAACCACUGCCAUGCAUAGCUCACUACAUUGCUGAGAAAGACCCACUACCCAGAUUAAACCACGUUCAGUGGUGGUCACCUGUGCACACAUUUGUUGUUUACUCUAGCAACAUUACAGGAAACCUCUUGGGAUGAUCUUUCAAUCAGGCUAAAAAAGUUCACAGUACAAAAAACAUGGUCCUUCCAAAAUACAGCUUGUAUGAGCCUUUAGAUUAACAUACAGUCUCAAGCUGGUGUGUCCAAACUUUUGACUAGUACUUUUUAACUCACCCUAACUUCCCUUUCUUUGCUCUAAAAGGUCAUUAAUAAUGAUGUUCUGUGCUCAGACCUGGCUGGCCUUGCUUGCGUGAGAGUGCUAAAUAUGGUCUAGGUAACAGAACACAUGUUCCCCACAUGUUUCUCUAAGACAACUGGGACAACUGGAGCUUUUUGAGAACUUUUGAAAACAUUGUUUUCUUUAAAGUGUGGAAGAAUAACACAGUUAUUACUCCCAGCUUAACUAGAACAGUUUUUUUGCACAGACCAUGUACAGUAUCCAAUAAAAGUUCUGCAAAUAUAUUAUUAUAUAUUUUCAUGGGACAACACUGUAGAUAGUGACUGUAUACACUCCCUGGCCAAAAAACUUUAUCUAACUAAGUAAAUGAUGUGGGGUUGGUUGAUGCUGCAGUUGGUCUGCAGGUUUAGGUUCAUCAACAGUAUGUGCUGAAAGAAUGAGGUCAGCUGACUACCUGAAUAUACUGAAUAUAGACCAGGUUAUUCUAUCAAUGGAUUUUUUUCUUCCCUAAUGACAUAGGCAUAUUCCUAGAUGACAAUGUCAGGAUUCAUGGGUCUGGAAUUGUGAAAGAGUUCAGGGUUCAGGGAGCAUGAGAUCAUCAUUUUCACACAGAGAGUUCACCACAGAGUCCAGAUCUUAACCUCAUUGAGAAUCUUUGGGAUGUGCUGGAUGGAGAAGAGCUGCUUUGUGCAGUGGUCAGACUCUACCAUCAUCAAUGCUGCUGCAAGAUCUUGGUGAAAAAUUAAUGCAACACUGGAUUAAAAUAAAUCUUGUGACAUUGCAGAAGCUUAUUAAAACAAUGGCAAAGCGAAUGUGUGCUGCCAUCAAACCUAAAUAUUCAAGUUUGUGACCUUUUUUCUUUUGGUGGUGACUUUUUUAGCCAGGCAGUUUAGAAAGACACUAUAGUGUAUAUAUCAGUGUACAGCUUGUAUAGCAGUAUAGAUUUACUGUCUUCUGAAAAGAACUCAGCACACAGCCAUUAAUUUCUAAAUAGCUGGAAACACAAGUGAGUACACCUCACAGUGAACAUGUCCAAAUUGUGCUGAAACUCUCAAUAUGAAGCUUGAGGAUGCCCCACUGGUGCUCAAUCGUGUUUAGACCUGCACACAUACUUGGCCAGUCCAUCUCCUUUACCUUUAGCUUUCUCAGCAUGUCAGGUGUCAUCUUGGGGGUGUGUUUUGGAUCAUCAUUGUGUUGAAAAACUCCCAUCUGGCCCAGUUUCUGAAAGCAGGGGGUCAUCAUGCUCUGCUUCAGAAUCUCACAGCCCCAGACCAUGAUGCUACCACCCCCAUGCUUGACUUUAUACACAGGCAACUCUAAGGCUACGUUCACAUUACAAGCCACAUUGCUCAAAUCCAAUCUUGAUGGUUCACAUUCACAAAAGUAAGUGAUCUGUAUCUGUGUUUAAUGUAAACGAAUCUGUCCUUAAAAUGCCUUACAUGCUCACAUUGAUAUGUGUAUAAACGUCUCCUUCUUCACCAACAACAAUAAACCUCAUAUAAGAGAGGCAACUCGUCUUUAUAAAGGGAAAUGGAUGAGUUAGCAGCUCAUAUGUGGAGCAUCUUUUGCUGCAGUGGAGAGUAAACAGCUGGUCUGAAGUUCAUGCCCAGUUCAAGGAGGUGUAAAAAGGCCAGGCGGUUUGCUUUUGCUGUUUUUGCAGCUAUAGCUGCACAGCUGCACCAAGAGAUGCACGUAGUGCAUGCAUAAAAGCAAAAAGAUGCAUGAAUUCAGAUUUGACCGUUCACAUUAAUGUUGCAUGUCCGUGGAUCGGAUACAUAUCUGAUUUAAGACCACAUAUGGAAGUGGCUCAGAUCUGAUUUGGAAAAAAAAUCGGAUUUGGCAUGUUCACACAGCCUUUAAAAAUUAGAUCUGAGUCACAUUGAGCAAAAAAAAAAAGUCUGAUUUGAGUCACUUCAGCCUGGUAAUGUGAACAUAGCUUAAGUUAUAUCCAUGUGUUGUCCCAUAAAAAAGAUGCUUGGAUACAGGAUGUUAUGUAAACUCAUGUCAUAUGUGUACAGUAACUAUAAAAUCCCGGUUCUCAUCCCUGGUUUUACUGUAUUUACUGGUUGAAAAGACGUCACUCUCUGUCCCGCAGCCGCUCUGUUCUUUACCUUUAUAAACCUGUUGCGUGAGUCAGCUGUUUGCGGAGAAAAUCCCAGGCUCCUCUUCAGGAGCGACACCAUGUUUGCACUUGUUUAAUAUUUGCGCCAGUGGCUCUAUCAGUUUAUGAAAGCACGGGUGUCCGUUGAACAAACAUAAUUAUGUCCAGUUCGCCCAAUUCCAAACAGUGUGGACAAGCUCUGAAUAUAGUAUUACAGUACCUGUAAAAAUGCACAGUAAAGUAAGCACUGUAUAUAAUUUGCAGCAGGUAGAGGGUGUAUCUGAAGUGAUAUGUGCUGUGGGGAUUAAAUGUCGGAUUGUAAAGCGCCAUUCUGUUUGUCUUGUCUUCAUAUAAAACUAUAAAACUAA